AUGAGACCGACCAUGAAAUCCGAGGAUGAUGCAAGGCCCCGGUCGCGACCGAGGAGCCCAAAUCCGGAGCCCUCGCGACCCGAAACGCCGGCCGACAACGACGCCGAACACCACAAUGGAAAUUGGAGCUAUCAUGUCAAGAUUGGAACGCCUCCUGGGGGGUACCGGCUGGAGCUAAGCCUCGUUCAGAACUUAGCUGCGAUCGCCGGGUAUUCCGUGGCAAUGUCUAUAUUACAGACGUUGGACAAUGCAAGAGCAGCACGGGAACGACAGCGCCAGAGGGAGGCCGAAAAGCGCCGGGCAGACGCAGAAGAUCAAGAAAGAAGGGAAAGAGAGCGGCGAGAGGCCCUGGAAAGACACAUGCGAGAUCUCGGAAUCGACCUCGCGAACCUGACCAUAUCGGACGAGGAUAUAUCGGCGGCCAGGGCGGACGUGGGCUACCAGGUAGGAGCUCGAAAUAUCGUCAUAGCAGGCAGCCUCAACUCGGGGAAGUCAUCUUUGCUCAAUGCACUGCGGGAUCGAACCUUCGGGGAUGAGGACUAUGCGCCUACUGGUGCAUCGGAGGUCACGCAAGAACGCCACCGAUACGUGGAUCCUAUACAUAACGGGUUCGUGUGGUACGACUCACCGGGGGCAGGCACGGCCGAUGUGCAAGUACUGCAGGUCUGCCAUGCACUGAGGACACCCUGGAUCUCCGUGCGUACGAAGAGGGAUAUGCACAUAGGGAACUUCCAGCUCGAACGGGGCUGCAGCCCUGCAGAAGCAAGGACUCUAUUUCUCAGUGAGGUUGAAUCCGAUGUUGCUAGAUUCCGACAACAGACCGACGCGAGUGCAACCGGAUUUACGGAACAGUUUCGCGACUACGUCGUAUCGGCUCCUGGGAUCAGGGCGGCUGUGCGUGGAGGAACAUCACCGACAGAUCCUAUAAACGCAUUUACAGAUGAGAUGGAAUUACUGCGCUAUAUAGAGCUAGCAGAACAAGGAUAG